AUGGCGAUGCCCCCAAGGGCCCUGUCAGAAAAGGGUGGCGCCCCAAGGCUGCCAUGGGCGCUGGCGCCCCCAGGGGCUCUCCCAGGGACAGCGGCGAUCCCAGACACCAUCCCAGGGACGGGACCCACUAGAGGUGGUGGAGCCUCCACAGGCCCUCUCAAGGAAGGCGGCACCCCCAGGGGCCCUCCUAGGGACGACGGCCCUCCCAGGCGCCCUGCAAGGGACGGUGGCGUCUCCAGGAACCCUUCCAGGGACGCCGGCACCUCCAGGGGCUUUCUGACGGACAGCGGCGCCUCCCGGGGCUAUGCCAAGGACAGGGCGCCCCACGGGCCCUACCAGGUACGCUGGGGCCGUGUCAGGGGCGGUGGCGCCCACAGGGGCCCUCUAGGGGUGGUGGAGCAUCCACGGGCCCUCUCAGGAAAGGUGGCGCCCCCAAGGGCCCUCCUCGGGACGACGGCGCUCUCAGGGGUUCUUCCAGAGACGGCGGCGCCUCUAGGGGCCCUGUCAGGGGCGCUGGCGCCUCCAGGGGCCCUGCAAGGAACUCUGGCGCCCGAGGGCCCCUGUCAGGGGCGCUGGUGCCUCCAAGGCUCUCCCAGGAACAGCGGCGUACCUAGGGGCCCUGCCAGGGGCGCUGGCAGCCCCAGAAGCUCUCCCAGGGACGUCGGCACCCCCAGGGGCUCUUCCAGGGACAGCAGAGCUUCCACAGGCCCUCUUAGGGGCGGUGGCGAACGCAAGUGCUCUCCCAGGGACAGCCGCGCUACCAAGGGCCCUCCCAGAGACGGUGGCGCCCCCAGGGGCCCUUCCAGGGACGGUGGACCCCCAGAAGCCUCUGCCAGGGACGCUGGCAUCCCCAGGGGGUCUCCCAGGGACGUCGGCGCCCCCAGACCGGGGCUAAUACAAGCUCCCAGGAGCGCUGGCACCCCCAGGUACUCUCACAGGGACAGUGGCACUCCCAGGGGCCUUCUCAAAGACGGUGGAGCCUCCAGGGGCACUGCCAGGGACAGCGACAUUCUCAGGGGCUCUCCCCGGGACGGCGGCACCCCCAGGGGCUCUCGCAGGGACUGCUGCACUCCCAGGGGACCUCUUCGGGGCGGUGACGCCACCAGGGGCUAUGAAAAGGACAACGGCUCUCCCAGGGGCCCUCCCAGGGACGGCGACACCCCCAGGGUCUCUCCCAGGGACAGCGGUGUCCCCAGGGGUUCUCUCAGGGGCGCCAGCACUCCCAGGGGCUCUCUUAGUGGCGGCGGCGCUUCCAUAGACCCUACCAGGGACGGUGGUACCCAAAGGGACCCUCCCAAGGACUGUGGGGCCCCACGGGAUCCUUCCAGGGGUGGUGAACUGGGGAUUAAUUGUCAAUAA